AUGGCGCCACCAACCGGACUCGAGGCCCAGCUCUGGGACGCCAUCCAGCGCGGCAACACGGCCGACGCCAUCGAGCUCCUAGCCCAAGGCGCGGACCCCGAGAGCCGCAACCCCUUGCACGCCUGGACGCCGUUGCACGUCGUUGCGAGACAAGGCAACGUGGCGCUCACCGACAUCCUCUUGGCCCUCGGCGCCAAUGUGGACGCGCUCGACCAGACAGCCUUCUCGCCGCUGCAAUACGCAGUGUACGUCAAGACGUCUGGUCGCCUCGCAGUGGCGCAUCGCCUCUUGCUCGCCAACGCCUCCAUCGACGUCCCAGGCCAG